AUGAACAAGGCCCCCGCAGCUCUAGAGUUGGAGCGCGUCUUCCGGCAGCUGGACGAGAACGGUGACGGCAAAGUCUCCCCGUCGGAGCUGAACCAGCAUCUGGGCCUGGGAUUGACCCGAGAGGAAGAGGAGCUGAUCUGGCUGAGCUCCGGCGAGGGGAUCCUGCUGGGCCUGGACGACCUGAUCCAGAUUGUGGAAGCAGGGGAAGAGGAAGAGAAGCUGCGGGACCUCAAGGAAGCUUUCCGCCUGUACGACGACGGGGAGAAACGCGGCUUCAUCACCCCGCGGAGCCUCCGAGCGAUGCUCAUCAAGCUUGGCGAGCCCGCCAGGUCCAUGGACGAGUGCGAGGCCAUGAUCGCUCGAUUCGAUUCGGAUGGCGACGGCGUCCUUUGCUUCGACGAGUUCCGGGUCAUGAUGCUGCUCUGA